GGAUUUCAAUUUUGACCCUUUUUUUAUCCGCUUUUUCUCUUUCCCCUCAUUGUCAAAAAAAGUUUUUUUUUCCCUUCCGGUUGUUCGUCGUAUCAAGGGAAGACAGGAAUCAAGGGUACGAAUUGAAGAGCGGAGAUGUUAGAACAGCUAUUGAUCUUUACCAGAGGAGGAUUGAUCCUUUGGACAUGCAAAGAGAUUGGUAAUGCUCUGAAGGGGUCACCGAUUGACACUUUGAUCCGAUCCUGUCUCCUGGAGGAACGUUCUGGGGCUGUUUCCUACAACUACGAUGCUCCGGGAGCUGCAUACACUCUCAAGUGGACGUUCCAGAAUGAGCUCGGGCUUGUUUUCGUCGCUGUUUAUCAGCGGAUUCUCCACCUUCUCUAUGUGGAUGAAUUGCUUUCCAUGUUGAAGCAAAGCUUCGUCGAGAUUUACGACCCGAAAAGGACAUCUUAUGAUGAUUUCGAUGAGACAUUUAGGCAGCUUAGGAAGGAGGCCGAGGCUCGGGCCGAGGAACUGAGGAAAACUAAGCAGGUUGGAAAGCCUAUUAGCAAUACGAAGAAUCAAGGGCAGAUUCCGAAAGCUGGACUUGAAGGAGGGAACAGAAAAACGAGUGGAGUUGGUUCAAAAAAAGAUGAUGAAGAUGAUGAUGAUAAAGCCAAAAAUGCUAACUUGGCGAAUGGCCACUCCAAUGGUGUUCAUACCGUAGAAGAUUCUAGGAAAAAGGACUCGACUAACGGAAAAGAAAAUACAAGCUCCAAUAUCGGAGCUUUUGAUGUAAGUAAACUACAGAAAAUAAGAAGCAAAGGAGGAAAGAAAGCCGAUACUGUUACUAAUAAGGCUCCCAAGGCAGUCGCCCAGCCAAAGAAAAAAGCAACAAAGAAGAAUAGGGUUUGGGAUGAUUCGGCUCCACAAGAGAAGUUGGAUUUUACUGAUCCUAUCGAAGAAAAUGGACAUGAUCAUGUAGAUAUAGUUGCAGCAGACCAAGGAGAAAGUAUGAUGGAUAAGGAAGAGAUAGUUAGCAGCGAUAGUGAAGUUGAGGAUGAUGAUGCUGAAGGUGAGAGAGAUGAGAAGAAAGAAGCUAAGAAAAAGGGCUGGUUUUCUUCUGUGUUCCAGAGCAUUACCGGGAAGGCGAAUCUAGAAAGGAUGGAUCUUGAACCGGCACUGAAAGCUCUGAAGGAUCGGCUCAUGACCAAGAAUGUGGCUGAGGAGAUAGCCGAGAAGCUUUGUGAAUCAGUGGCAGCAAGUCUUGAAGGCAAGAAGUUGGCCUCAUUCACGAGGAUCUCUUCAACCGUUCAGACAGCGAUGGAGGAAGCUUUGGUUCGUAUCUUGACACCGAAACGCUCCAUUGAUAUAUUGAGAGAUGUGCAUGCUGCCAAGGAACAAAAGAAGCCAUAUGUCGUUGUGUUUGUGGGUGUUAAUGGAGUCGGGAAAUCCACCAAUCUAGCCAAGGUUGCAUACUGGCUUUUGCAGCACAAGGUCAGCGUUAUGAUGGCUGCUUGUGACACAUUCCGUUCCGGUGCCGUUGAGCAGUUGCGAACUCAUGCACGUAGGUUGCAGAUACCAAUUUUUGAGAAGGGUUAUGAAAAGGAUCCAGCAGUGGUUGCUAAAGAAGCCAUCCAAGAGGCUACUCGCAAUGGAACGGAUGUCGUUCUUGUCGACACGGCUGGACGAAUGCAGGACAAUGAACCGUUGAUGAGGGCUUUAUCGAAGCUCAUCAACCUCAACAACCCAGAUCUUGUCUUGUUCGUGGGAGAGGCUCUGGUCGGUAAUGAUGCAGUGGACCAGCUGUCCAAGUUCAGUCAGAAACUGUCGGACCUCUCUUCUUCUCCGAACCCGAGGUUGAUAGAUGGAAUCCUUUUGACAAAGUUUGACACCAUCGACGACAAGGUUGGAGCGGCAUUGUCGAUGGUGUACGUGUCAGGGGCACCGGUCAUGUUCGUGGGCUGUGGUCAGUCCUACACCGACCUUAAGAAGCUUCAUGUCAAAGCCAUCGUCAAGACUCUCCUCAAGUGAUCGAGAGAGAUCAUCAUCAUCACCAUCACCAUCACCAUCACCAUCACCAUCACCAUCACCAUCAAUCAUCUAAUGCAUUCUCUAUGUUUUCUCCAUCAUAUGCACUUGCGUUCUUCAUUGUUGGUUUUUUUUUUUGUUACUGUGUGAAGACAGCUUAGCUUCUCUUUGGCUGUGAUGAUGUCCUAAAACAACAAACCUUGUUGGAGUCGUAAUAAGUUCCCAUGUUUCUUGGUUGGUCGCUUGCUUGCUUUUUUUCUGAAUUCAUACGGUGAUUUCAUCACACUGCAAUUUA